UAUUUUGAAAAUAUAAGACCCUCGCGAAAGUCCUUACUGUCGGUAGCCUCAGACUGCAUGUGUUAAAUCUACAAAAAUCUAAUUGAUUAUAGUAUUUUUUGUAUAGCUAGACAUGGCUGAAUGUCUCGGAGAUAUUGUUUAUCGAAAAGACAAAAAUGUAUGUUGUUCAGCAGCAGUGGCAGAUGACAACUCUGCUCUGGUGAAGGCAUAUGAGAGAGCCCUAAAGUCUUUUCAGAAAGGAUCUACGAGUGAAGGAGAGGAAAGUGUGGAUGGAAUGAAUGAAAAAACAGAAUCUGGUGAACAGAGCAAGGGACCAGAAAAAGAGAGGACAGCUACACAGCACCAGCGGGCAGUGGGGUCCCGGUGUCGUGCCGUAUGGUCGGAAGAUGGCCUGCUGUACCCUGCAGUAUUGGUCUCGGUGGAGGGUGAGCGUGGCAGGGUGAAGUUUGAUGGCUAUGGUAAUGAAGAAGAUGUAGAGCUGAGUGCCCUUCUGCCAGAACAUUUAGAUAAGCCCUGGAGAGAGAAACAACAGUGGGUGUUGGGGAGCCGUUGUCGUGCAGUGUGGUCAGAAGAUGGGCUGGUGUAUCCUGCUGUGCUCGUCUGGAAGAAGGGGGACCGUGGGAGGGUUCAGUUUGAAGGCUAUGGGAACGAGGAGGAGCUGAACCUCAGUGCUCUGCUGCCACCAGAGGAGCACAGGAGCAGAAUGGAGAGUGUUAAUUCAGCCAAGGUUCUGAAGACAGGGCCAGCUAGCAGCAGAAACAACAGCAGUAACACAGAUUGGAGGAAGAAAGAUAAAGAGAACAUCACAACAAAACAAGAUUCAGCCAUAAUUUUUCCACCAGCCUGCACCACUGGUGGGGUCCGGGACAGCGAGAGCUGCAGCAGUGAGCCUGGGACAGAGCAGAAGGACCAGAGGAAGUCGGGCAGCUGCAGAGAGGGGCAGAUAGGGGCCUGUCCUCCAUCCGCUCCUCCCUUUAACUUCUUACCUGUGGUACCUCCCAGAAUCUCCGCGCAGGAUAUCUUGCCAUCAACUCCUCCCCCUCCUCCCCCACUGCCAGAUGUUUGGCCCCCAUGGGGGGCGUCUGGAGAGGGGUAUGAGGCAUUGGACUCGGACGUGUCUGCUCUCUCCAGCAUGCUACUGUCCUGGUACUUGUGUGGCUACCACACGGGCUGCUACAUGGUAAGUUCCCAUGCCAUGCAGCAGGCAAAGGACAAUCGUGAAAGUGUAGACAAGAAGACGCACGAACCCAGCGGCACGUAUGGGAAGUACAAGCAUUAGAGAGCCUCUGAAAGACUCUGCUGUGCUAUGCACUUAAGUAACAGUGGGACAGAGGUCAUGGCUUAUAUGAAGUAGGACCCAUCCUCCUGGCACAAGGCAAGCUGGAUGGGGAGAAAACAGAAUAUGGGAGUGAUGGGGUUUGAGAGAGACCGCAUGGCCGAUGGACCAGAGAGAGUUGGAACCUGUGAGUCCACAGGAAGUUCAGCCAGGGAAGUUCCUGUUGAUAAAAUCCAUCUUGGUUUGUGUUAAAAGGAAUUUUCUGAAAUGGCGAAACUGGAUUGGAGAGGAUCAAGAGGAAUUCUGGAUGGAAUGUGUUGUAUUCCUAGCUCUUGAAGUUUUACUCAGGUCUUCAGAACACUGCACUAUGGGAUGGAAAGUUUGAUUUCUAUUUUGAUUUUAAGUUAGAUUUUUUUUUCUUUUUAUACAUACACACAUACUGUUGCGAAAACCAUCUUGAUAUCUGUGAGUAUGCAGGAGAUAAUGUGGCCUUUCAGUCUUUUAAAAGUGGAUCAUUUGUGGUUGUCUGCUGAAAUUCAUAUCGAAUUGGAUGAUUAAUUAAACAAAUCAAAAUCACUACAAAUGUUUCUGUUUAUCCAUAUCCAUCUGUCAAUUUCGAAACCAUAUCCAUCUGUUUUCCUGAACUGUUAUGUAAUGCAAUUUGUUCAAAGAAACACAUUUAAAAAAUGAAUUUUUCCUGAAGUUAAAUUAGUUGUUCACACUUAAUAAAGGAAAAACAUAACUUAAAGAA